AGGAGCAACAGGACGGAGAGCAGAGUCUCCAGUCCCAAGCUGCCUGUCUCUGAAGAGUGACCAGUCUAUAGACAGAUUUAUGGACUUCCGGGAUCAACCUGGACCCUCAGAAACAAAACGGAGAGCAGAGUCUCCAGUCCCCAGCUGCCUGUCUCUGAAGAGUGACCAGUCUAUAGACAGAUUUAUGGACUUCAGGGAUCAACCUGGACCCUCAGAAACAAAACGGAGAGCAGAGUCUCCAGUCCCCAGCUGCCUGUCUCUGAAGAGUGACCAGUCUAUAGACAGAUUUAUGGACUUCAGGGAUCAACCUGGACCCUCAGAAACAAAACGGAGAGCAGAGUCUCCAGUCCCCAGCUGCCUGUCUCUGAAGAGUGACCAGUCUAUAGACAGAUUUAUGGACUUCCGGGAUCAACCUGGACCUUCAGAAACAAAACGGAGAGCAGAGUCUCCAGUCCCCAGCUGUCUGUCUCUGAAGAGUGACCAGUCUAUAGACAGAUGUAUUGACUUCAGGGAUCAACCUGGACCCUCAGAAACAAAACGGAGAGCAGAGUCUCCAGUCCCCAGCUGUCUGUCUCUGAAGAGUGACCAGUCUAUAGACAGAUUUAUGGACUUCAGGGAUCAACCUGGACCCUCAGAAACAAAACGGAGAGCAGAGUCUCCAGUCCCCAGCUGCCUGUCUCUGAAGAGUGACCAGUCUAUAGACAGAUUUAUGGACUUCAGGGAUCAACCUGGACCUUCAGAAACAAAACGGAGAGCAGAGUCUCCAGUCCCCAGCUGUCUGUCUCUGAAGAGUGACCAGUCUAUAGGCAGAUUUAUGGACUUCAGGGAUCAACCUGGACCUUCAGAAACAAAACGGAGAGCAGAGUCUCCAGUCCCCAGCUGUCUGUCUCUGAAGAGUGACUGGUCUAAAGACAGACCUCUGAACUUCAGGGAUCAACCUGGACCCUCAGAAACAAAAGGGAAGAGGUCCAGAACAAGAGCUGGAGUGCAGAGAGCAAGUGAGACCAGCACUGUACGAACAGAUAGUGGUCUGCAGGAGGUUUUAGAUGAACAUAGGCUCAGUCUGAGGAGGAGAUGUGAACAUGUGACUGAAGGAACUGAUCAAAGUGAAACCCUCCUCAACAGGAUCUUCACUGAGCUCUACAUCACACAAGGCCUGAGUGAAGAGAUUAAUACCCAACAUGAGGUGAGGCAGCUGGAGGCAGCUUCCAAGAAAAAUCCCCUCCAUGAAACUCCAAUCAAGUGCCAGGACAUCUUUAAAGCCUUACCUGACCAACAGACUCUCAUCAGAGCGGUGCUGACCAACGGAGUCGCUGGCGUUGGAAAAACUUUCUCAGUGCAGAAGUUCACUCUGGACUGGGCCGAGGGUUUGGGAAACCAAGAUGUCAGUCUGGUGAUCCCGCUCUCCUUCAGGGAGCUGAACCUGAUCAAAGGUGAGCAGUACAGUCUUCUCAGGCUGCUCCAUGUUUUCCAUCCAACCUUACAGAAGGUCACAGCAGAGCAGCUGGCUGUCUGCAAAGUGCUGCUCAUCUUUGACGGCCUGGAUGAAAGCAGACUUUCUCUGGACUUCAGAAACAAUGAGGUUGUGUCUGAGGUCUCUCAGCAGUCCUCAGUCAACGUGCUGCUGACAAACCUCAUCAGGGGGAAGCUGCUUCCCUCGGCUCUCGUCUGGAUAACUUCCCGACCUGCAGCGGCCAAUCAGAUCCCUCCUGAGUGUGUGGACAGGGUGACAGAAGUACGAGGGUUCACUGACGCCCAGAAGGAGGAGUACUUCAGGAGGAGAUCGAGUGAUGAAGACCUGUCCCGCAGAAUCAUCUCUCACAUCAAGAGCUCCAGGAGCCUCCACAUCAUGUGUCUGAUCCCAGUCUUCUGCUGGAUCACUGCUGCAGUUCUGGACCACAUGUUGACUACAGACCAGAGAGGACAGCUGCCCAAGACCCUCACUGACAUGUACUCACACUUCCUGCUGGUCCAGACAAAGAGGAAGAAGCAGAAAUAUGGUGAGGGACAUGAGACGAGUCCACAGCAGCUGACGGAGGCUGACAGGGAGCUUCUUCUGAAGCUGGGGAGGCUGGCAUUUGAACAUCUGGAGAAAGGAGACAUCAUGUUCUACCAAGAAGACCUGCAGCGCUGUGGUCUUGGUGUUACCGAGGCCUUGGUGCACUCAGGAGUUUGUACAGAGAUCUUCAAAAGAGAGAGUGUGAUCUUCCAGAAAACAGUCUACUGCUUUGUUCAUCUGAGCAUUCAGGAGUUUCUGGCUGCAGUCUACAUGUUCCACUGUUACACCAACAGAGACACAGAGGUACUGAAGGACUUACUGCAGGGAGACUAUAUUAACAGGUAUAACAGUGAUCAGGAUUACCCAUCCCUGGAUGUCUUCCUGGAGGGAGCCAUGGAGAAAUCCCUUAGAAGUGAAAAUGGCCACUUGGAUCUGUUUGUCCGCUUUCUCCACGGCCUCUCUCUGGAGUCCAACCAGAGACUGUUAGGAGGCCUGCUGGGUCGCACCGACAACCGUCCAGAAACCAUCCAGAGAGCCAUCAACAACCUGAAGAAGAUGAGCAGUGAUACAAUCUCUCCCGACAGGAGCCUCAACAUCUUCCACUGUCUGACAGAGAUGAAGGACCACUCAGUCCAUCAGGAGAUCACAGAUUUACUGAACAGAUCAGAGAAACUCUCUGGGAGCUACUGCUCUGCUCUGGCCUACAUGCUGCAGAUGUCAGAGGAGGUUCUGGAAGAGUUGGACCACGAGAAGUACGAAACAUCAGAGGAGGGACGACAGAGAGUGAUUCCAGCUUUGGGGAACUGCAGCAAGGCUGUAUUUCCUAACUGUGGAAUCUCAGACUCUGACUGUGAAGUCGUGGCCUCCGCUCUGAAGUCCGACCCCUCCUACCUGAGAGAGCUGGACCUGAGAGACAACAAGCUGCAGGAUUCAGGAGUGGAGAUGCUGAGUUCUGGACUAAAGAGUCCAAACUGUAAACUGGAGACUCUCAGUCUGAGGCGCUGCAGGUUGUCAGAGAUCAGCUGUUCUGCUCUGGUCUCAGCUCUGAAGUCCAACCCCUCCCAUCUGAGAGAUCUGGACCUGAGUUACAACAAUCUGCAGGAUUCAGGAGUGGAGCUGCUGAGAGAUCUUCUGGAGAGUCCAGACUGCAGACUGGAGGAUCUCAGACUGAGGAACUGCAGUUUGUCAGAGAUCAGCUGUUCUGCUCUGAUCUCAGCUCUGAAGUCCAACCCCUCCCUUCUGAGACUUCUGGACCUGAGUAGCAACGCUCUGCAGGAUUCAGGAGUGGAGCUGCUGAGAGAUCUUCUGGAGAGUCCAGACUGCAGACUGGAGACUCUCACACUGACUGGCUGCAGUUUGUCAGAGAUCAGCUGUUCUGCUCUGAUCUCAGCUCUGAAGUCCAACCCCUCCCAUCUGAGACUUCUGGACCUGAGUGACAAUGAUCUGCAGGAUUCAGGAGUGGAGCUGCUGAGAGAUCUUCUGGAGAGUCCAGACUGCAGACUGGAGACUCUCGAACUGUGGGGCUGCAGGUUGUCAGAGAUCAGCUGUUCUGCUCUGAUCUCAGCUCUGAAGUCCAACCCCUCCCAUCUGAGAGGUCUGAACCUGAGUAGCAACACUCUGCAGGAUUCAGGAGUGGAGCUGCUGAGAGAUCUUCUGGAGAGUCCAGACUGCAGACUGGAGACUCUCAUACUGAGGAACUGCAGUUUGUCAGAGAUCAGCUGUUCUGCUCUGAUCUCAGCUCUGAAGUCCAACCCCUCCCUUCUGAGAUAUCUGAACCUGAAUAACAACGAUCUGCAGGAUUCAGGAGUGGAGCUGCUGAGAGAUCUUCUGGAGAGUCCAGAAUGCAGACUGGAGGAUCUCAGACUGAGACACUGCAGGUUGUCAGAGAUCAGCUGUUCUGCUCUGAUCUCAGCUCUGAAGUCCAACCCCUCCCAUCUGAGACUUCUGAACCUGAGUGAGAACGAUCUGCAGGAUUCAGGAGUGGAGCUGCUGAGAGAUCUUCUGGAGAGUCCAGACUGCAGACUGGAGACUCUCGGGAUCAAUGGAGAGACAAUCAGAGCCAAGACACAGAAGAACUGUGACUCCGAUGUGGAACAGGAAGUGAAGACAGACAGAAAGGCUCCUGAAUCCUUCUCACCUGAACACACAACUGAGUCUUCAUUAGACCCUCCAGAAAAACGCGAUUCUGCGAUCGCAGAAUUUACCGCAUAAUCAGCAAAAUGGCGCAGAUUUUCAAAAGGCCGCAUAUUUAUCAAAAGGCCGCAUAAUCCCCGCAUUUCUCCACACAAAGUUGAGGGAAAAAAAGUGAACUCGUCUUGACGUCAAGUGUUGAUGAUGAUGAUGAUGAUGA